GAGCCACUUUUAUCUCGGUCUCCUCAAGUCAUGUCUGAGCCACAGAGAUGGGCAAGAUCGAGAACAACGAGAGGGUGAUCCUCAACGUCGGGGGCACCCGGCACGAAACCUACCGCAGCACCCUGAAGACCCUGCCCGGGACCCGCCUGGCCCUCCUCGCCGCCUCCGAGCCCCAGGGCGACUGCUUGACGGCGGCGGGCGACCCGCUGCAGCCGGCGCCCCCUCCGCGCUCGCCGCCGCCGCCGCCGCCGCCGCGACCACCCCCGCUGUCCCCGGGCCCCCGCGGCUGCUUCGAGGGCGGCGCGGGCAACUGCAGCUCCCGCGGCGGCGAUGACCACCCCGGGGGCGGCUGCGAGUUCUUCUUCGACCGGCACCCGGGCGUCUUCGCCUACGUGCUCAACUACUACCGCACGGGCAAGCUGCACUGCCCCGCCGACGUGUGCGGGCCGCUCUUCGAGGAGGAGCUGGCCUUCUGGGGCAUCGACGAGACGGACGUGGAGCCCUGCUGCUGGAUGACCUACCGGCAGCACCGCGACGCCGAGGAGGCCCUGGACAUCUUCGAGACCCCCGACCUCAUGGGCGGCGACCCGGGCGACGAGGAGGAGCUGGCGGCCAAGAGGCUGGGCAUCGAGGAGGCCGCGGGCCUGGGGGGCCCCGACGGCAAGUCUGGCCGCUGGAGGAGGCUGCAGCCCCGCAUGUGGGCGCUCUUCGAGGACCCCUACUCCUCCCGAGCCGCCAGGUUUAUUGCUUUUGCUUCUUUAUUCUUCAUCCUGGUUUCAAUCACUACCUUUUGCCUGGAGACCCAUGAAGCUUUCAAUAUUGUCAAAAACAAGACGGAACCAGUCAUCAAUGGCACAAGUGUUGUUCUACAGUAUGAAAUCGAAACGGAUCCUGCUUUGACCUACGUAGAAGGGGUGUGUGUGGUGUGGUUUACUUUUGAAUUUUUAGUCCGUAUUGUUUUUUCCCCCAAUAAACUUGAAUUCAUCAAAAAUCUCUUGAAUAUCAUUGACUUUGUGGCCAUUCUACCCUUCUACUUGGAGGUGGGACUCAGUGGGCUCUCAUCCAAAGCUGCUAAGGAUGUACUUGGCUUCCUCAGGGUGGUAAGAUUUGUGAGGAUCCUGAGAAUCUUCAAGCUCACCCGCCAUUUUGUAGGUCUGAGGGUGCUUGGACAUACUCUUCGAGCUAGUACUAAUGAAUUUUUGCUGCUGAUAAUCUUCUUGGCUCUGGGAGUUUUGAUAUUUGCUACUAUGAUCUACUAUGCCGAAAGAGUAGGAGCUCAACCUAAUGACCCUUCAGCUAGUGAGCACACGCAGUUCAAAAACAUCCCUAUUGGGUUCUGGUGGGCUGUGGUGACCAUGACUACAUUGGGCUAUGGGGAUAUGUACCCCCAAACUUGGUCGGGGAUGCUGGUAGGAGCCCUGUGUGCUCUGGCUGGAGUGCUGACAAUAGCCAUGCCGGUACCUGUCAUUGUCAACAACUUUGGGAUGUACUACUCCUUAGCAAUGGCGAAGCAGAAACUUCCACGGAAAAGAAAGAAGCACAUCCCUCCUGCCCCUCAGGCAAGCUCACCUACUUUUUGCAAGACCGAAUUAAAUAUGGCCUGCAACAGCACACAGGGUGAUACCUGUCUGGGCAAAGACAAUCGACUUCUGGAACAUAAUAGAUCAGUGCUAUCAGGUGAUGACAGUUCGGGACGUGAGUCGCCAUUAUCACCCCCUGAAAGGCUCCCUAUCAGACGCUCUAGUACCAGAGACAAAAACAGAAGAGGGGAAACGUGUUUCCUACUGACGACAGGGGAUUACACGUGCACUUCUGAUGGAGGGAUCAGGAAAGGAUAUGAAAAAUCUCGAAGCUUAAACAACAUAGCUGGCUUGGCAGGCAAUGCUCUGAGGCUUUCUCCAGUAACAUCACCCUACAACUCUCCUUGUCCUCUGAGGCGUUCUCGAUCUCCCAUCCCAUCUAUCUUGUAA